AUGUUUUACACAAUUCUGGUCAUAUCUGCCGCGGUUGUGACCGACGUUGUUCAGUCUCAAUGCACACCGCUGACGUCGUGCUCAUGUCGUAGUCCCCAGGGCGUUGUUGAUCUUAGUCCGCUUGUUCAACACUUCGGCCAGUCUCCCAGAUUUAAAGAUGUGGCAUCGUCCGGCCCAGGUCAACAAAAUUACGUGUACUCGUAUAAUCCUUGCUUUUCCUUCACCGAGGCUGAUACAACAGGCACGCAAAUAUGCAACAAUGUGGCGAUUUGCCAGCUGACUCGAACGAUGGACAAGUCGUACUCCUUGGGAACCCAGUCGUCUGCCGAGUUCGUCACUGUUCCUGGGUCAGGUCUCACCAUCGUGUACAAGGCGACUAGCGUUUUACACAACAUUCGUGUGUCCCACGUGUCCCUCGUCUGUGACCCAAACACAGAGGCCAGUUUUACAGCCCUGGGGGAACUCCCAUCAGGCAGUAUGCAAUAUUAUUUUAAACUGACGAGCAAGUACGCCUGUCCCGUGCCAGAUACCACAACGACACCUGCCCCUCCACCACCUCCCUCCACGGCUACACCCGCGAUUUGGACUAUAGAGACUAUGACGAUCAUAGAGGGAGGAAUACUACUGUGUGUCAUUGUUCUGGUCGUGAUGGCGGUUCUCAUCUACAAGAAGAAGAAACCAGCAGCGGUGUCGUUCGCCCCUCCAGACUACGACAGCCACGUGUACCCUGUGAAGAAAAUCAUACCAUGA